AAAGCGUUUGCAAAAACCUUCCCUCCCUCCUCCUAGGGUUUAGUCUCUUCCUCAGAACAAAGUUGCCAUCUCAAUUCCUCGCCGUCGAGAGCCAAACAUGGUUUUCUGGGGAAUCGAAGUGAAACCUGGGGAACCUCAAGCUUACGAUCCCAAAAACGAAGAAAGGAAGCUUCACCUGACCCAGGCAACACUAGGUGCUGGUUCAGGGAAAGAGAAGAGUGUGAUUCAGUGCUCCGUAGGAGGAAACUCACCCGUUUACUUGUGUUCAUUGUUGCCUAACAAAUCCGAAUGCUGUCCCCUGAAGCUUGAGUUUGACUAUAACGACGAGGCGGUUGAGUUCUCCGUCACUGGUGACAGAAGCAUCCACCUUUCUGGCUUCUUGGAGGCUUAUGAUGAGGAGGAGUGUGAAGAUCAGUAUGAUGAAGAAGAAGAUGAUUCAGAUGGUAUCGAUAUUGGUGACGACUCUGAGUCUGGAGAGUCUGAGUAUGAUAGUGAAGAGGAUGAGGAUGAUUUGGAGGACUUCAUUGAUCACAAUCUUGAUAUGUAUCGGCAGUCUUCAGUCCCAAACAGUGGAGUUGUAAUUGAGGAGAUAGAAGAUGACGAGACGCCCGUCAAAGAUGAUAAGACAAAACGAUCCAAGAAGAAGAAGAGUCAAGCUAGCAAAGAUGAGAACGCGAAUAAGCAGAUCAUUGUCAAAGAGAGCGCUCAUGCUCCAGUUCUGGAAAGCGAAGAUGAAGAUGGUCUUCCUAUUUCCAAAGAGAAAACACUUGAAGUAGAGAAGAAGUCUGCUGCGAAGGUGGACUUAGGUGAUGACGAACAAGGUAGCAACAAAAAACGCAAGGCCAAGGCUCCUGAGCAAAAAAGUGUAAACAAGAACAAAAAGAAGAAAAAUCAGAAAGAAAAGAAGAAUGAGGAAGCGGAUGAAAAGGUCGAGACAGAAGAUGUGCUGAAAAAGGAGGAGACCUGCCAAAGUUCUUUAAACCCAAACGCUCAAACUGGAGCUGUCAACAAUGCCAUGGGUGAAAGCUCCGAGACUCAAGUUCAAUCUGCUGAGAAGAAAAAGAAGAAGAAGAAAAAGAAGUCAAAUGAGGAAGCUAAAGAAGAGAGCAAAGCUAUUUCUAGUAGGACAUACCCAAAUGGACUCGUUGUUGAAGAGAUAAAAAUGGGCAAACCCGACGGCAAAAAAGCUACUCCUGGAAAACAGGUUAGUGUCAGCUACACUGGAAAACUUCAGGAGAAUGGGAAGGUCUUCGAUUCCAAUAAAAGUGGUUUCAAGUUCCGUCUAGGUGUUGGACAAGUCAUUAAAGGAUGGGAUGUUGGCGUUAAUGGAAUGCGUGUUGGUGACAAGAGAAAACUUACAAUUCCACCAUCAAUGGGGUACGGUGCUCACGGGGCUGGUGGCGAUAUUCCUCCUAAUGCUUGGUUGUCGUUUGACGUCGAACUGCUGGAUGUCAAGUAAGAUCGCUCGUUUUUCAUAGAAAGGUGUGGUUGUAGCUGCCAAAGAUCGAUUAUUUUGAAAUUUUGUGUUUUUUUUUUCUUUCUCACAAGGCCAUGUUACGUUUGUUUCAAGUUGUAUUGUUUUUACUCAAGAUUUUAUGUCAACUAGUUGUUUCUUG